AUGGAAGAAACAGAAAUAGAUUUAUUACUAAAAAAAUUUGUUAUAGAUAUUCCUCAACGGCACUUAUCGUUUCAUAAAAAAUAUGAAAAAUGGAUACUGCCUAUAAUAAUAGCGAGAAAAGUUAUGUCGAAUUUCGAAGAUGCAAUUCAGAAACUUGAGUCAGCACUGAAGGCCAAACUAAAAGCGAACGAAAAGUCUUUAGAUAUUUUUACUCCAGUGCUUGCACGUUUUCUAAUUGAUCUGGAUGAAUUUAUAAACAAAAUACCUCGAGAUAAAAAAUAUAAGAAAAAUUUAAAUUCUAAGGAAGCCAAAGCUUGUACUAUCGUUCAACAAAAGUCUUUACAAUUUUUUGAAUCAUGGAGUGAAAAUCCUCUACCCAAAUCAAUUUCAUCUAAAGAUAAAGUGAUAAUUGAUGCUUUGGAAAAAUUUCUAAUGAUUCCGCCUCAUACUCAUUUAUCAUUAACAUGUUUAAAUCUUGAAGAGUAUCCACAAUCUAUGAAAGAAAUUAAUAAAAUAUUUGAUUAUUAUUAUUCAUUUUCAACAAUUACAAACACAACAAAACUUGGGAUCGAUUUUUUAACAAUUUUGGAUUUAUCGAUGAAUCGAUUAAAAGGUCUUCCUUAUGAAAUUUUAUUUUUCAGAAAAUUGAAAAUACUCAAUAUUUCACAUAAUUUAUUACAAUAUUUUCCACCUUAUAUCACAAUGUUGGCACCAAAUUUGGAAAUAUUGGGAAUUGAAAGUAAUCCUCUUCGAAGUUCCAACAUUUUAAAAAUACAAAAAUUAUUGUCAAUUACGAACAUUAAUGAUACACAGAGUGAUGUAAUACCACGAUUAAUGGAUAUUUGUGCACAAAAGAUUAUUCUUAAUAAAAUUCCUAUUACUUGUCAAAAAAAGAAAUUCGAAAAAACAUUAUUAGAAAAAGAUGAAAAAGAUGAAAAAGUUGAGAAAGAUGAUGAUAAUAAUGAACAACCAUUACUUCCGAAUGUUUUGAUGAAUUACAUUAAACAAGGAUUUUUAUGUGAAUUUUGUAGAAAAUUUAUUUCUUCAACAUCAUCAUUAUUUUUGCCUGUUAUAAUAGAGAAUUUAAAAUAUUCGGAUUAUUUAAAAUUUCCAUUAUUGAGAAGAUUUUGUAAAAAAUGUUGGUACGUUCAUAAUAAUAAAAAUCAAAUAUGUACAUGUAUUACAUGUAAAGUGAAAAGAAGAAAUGAUCACCAUAAUUCUAAAAAAAAUUCAAAUUUUGCUUAA